UUUUGCACCCACGUCUUGAUCCCGGUCUCACCUUCUCAAAGAGGCUACCUCAAUCAAGAAUUCUUGCGCCUCGCGGUUAGUUGGACGGCGACGAUAAGCCUGCGCCCGCUUCCACCUGGCCUCUAACAAUCCUGCAGACGGCGCGCAUGCCCUAGGCUUUGUAAAUCGCAUUUCUACCCCAAGUAUGGCACCCGGCGCAGCGAACAACUUUGCGCAGUUCAUGGUGGUUGGACCAACAUGCUUUUUCCUCGGCAUCCUCUUUGCGCAGCUUCCCUACGACUACAAUGUCUUGUGGACCACGCCCACUGACGUCGCAUCCUACUUCGACAUUCUCGAGUCACACAUCAAGUUUCUCUAUGCCUCGCCCCCCAUAGUCUCGCGCAUCCUCAACCUGGCCAUCGGCACCGGCAUCCUCGGCUUCCUCAUCAAGCUGUUCAAGCCCAACCAGGCCAACAUGCUCUUUGACGGCGCCUCGCUUGUGCUCUACAUGGCUGGUAUCACCGUCUACCUGACCAACAUUGUCAAGGGCUUCAGGGUCGUGACGGCCGGCAUCUAUGGCGAUUUGGACAAGGCCUCGCCAGGCGAAGUGACUGAAGAAGACCAGGGCGACUACAUCUCGAGGGAGGACACUCUGCGCGUGUUUGCAGCCAGCAACACAAUCUUGGCGCUUGUCUUGGUGGGCGUACUCGUGUUGCAGGCUGGACAGUGGUAUGCCAAGAGGGCUGAGGAGAAGGAGAUUCAGGAGAUUGAGCGCUUGGCUGAGGAAAAGAAGGUCGCGGGCAAGAAGAAGCUGUAGGGUUGAGGAUGCGCGUGAGAUUGGGCUUCUGGAGAGCAAGUCUUUAGUCUCAAAAUACCUGAUUGCCUCGGGUAGGUUUACCUAUUGAAUUUCUCUUCUAUGGCGGGUACGUUUGGUGUUAUGCCAGUGGCACAGGAUGCAAGGGUUAUACCAUUUGCUUGGGUCAUGGCUUUCAAGUUAUAGUCUAUAUUCUGGCUAUGUCAUGUUUUAUUCAUUGCAGCAGCACUGAAGAAGCAACUGGAUUUCGGUUUUGUCUUGUACAAGCCAAAUAUUCAAAGGACUACU